UAUGUGCCAACCGCAUGAUCAUUCCAGAUACGCACUUUUGGAAGAAAUCCAGCAAUGCUUAAACUUCAAGCUCUUCUGCAUGCCUUGUCCACAAUUAUGUAAACUUAAGCACAUCCACAAUUAUCAUCCUUUAUGUCCCAAUGGCCCCAAGUCCCACGCCCCAUUGCUAAGCGUUGCCAACAAGAAAAAAAUUGCAUCAUUCUCUAUGUAGCUCUCCCUCCCUCUCGCUCUCUCGAUCAGUCAGUAACCGUGCUGCAAAGUCAGGUCCUUUCUGAAACCAGGUUUCUUUGCAUUUGAAAGUCUCCUCUGAAAAUGGAAGAUGUGGCGAUCAAGCUCUCUUUCCACCUUGAAUCUCAACCUGUUCCUUCAAUCACUUCCCAGGAAAACCACUCACAAGUCCCUAGUGCUGCCUCUUCUCUGUAUAUUCUAACCAUUGCAGCUCUGAGCAUUGCUGUUACGGCUUUUCUACUGGUCAGCUACUGCUUCAUCCUCAUCAAGUGCUGCCCAAGCCAGCGCCAACUCCGUCUCUUGAGACGUUUCUCUCUCCUACAGCAUCAACAAGAAGAAGAUGAAGACUCGUUCAUCGCACUCUCCCCAGCAACAUGGAAUCAAGCAGGACUUGAUCGUACGAUAAUUCGAGAGAUCCCGGCUUUUCCAUUUCGAAGCAUAGAAGCAAAGCGGAGAAGCUUCUGUGGCUGCACAGUUUGUUUGAAUGAGUUUCAGGAGCAGGAUCUGCUCAGAGUUCUCCCCACUUGCAGCCACGCUUUCCAUUCCGAUUGUAUCGACAUGUGGCUUCAGAGCAAUUCUAGAUGUCCGCUCUGCAGGACAAACAUUUCAGGCACGGCUCAGUGUCCUAACGACCACCUCAUGGCGCCGAGCUCUUCUCCUCAGGGUUCACAAUUGUUUUCUGACAUGGGAGACGAAGAAGAUUACGUGGUAAUCGAACUGAGGAGUGAUGAAGUAGUGUCAUCUGAAAGGCAAGAGAGGAGUGGAUUGAUGCCGGUGCAAUCUCAGCACAACCAAAGGAAGUUGGAAGUGGAGCUCGGCAGCUUAAAGAAGAAGAAGUGCCACCGUGGUUCGGUUAAGGCGCAUGAAGACAUUGAUGUAAGAGAUCAAGACCAGUUGAUCGUCCAACCCAUCAGGAGAUCUUUCUCACUGGACUCCGCGAAAGACAGAAAUCUUUUCUUGGCCAUCCAGGCGACUAUUAUGAAAAAGGUCAUCGUGACGAAAAUGCAAAGGAAGAAUGCAGUAGCAGAUCUCGGAGAUGACUCUUUUCCUUCAGUGUUUGUGUGCAUCACGCCUCGCGUCGAAAGUAGACAUACAGAACCCUAUGUGAAUGCUUUACAUAGGUCGAUCAAGUCGAAUGAAUGCGAGGGUGACUUCGUUUAGAUGAAGAUGAAUGGCCUUUCUAGGGUUGGACAAGGAUUUUUUCCUUCUUUUUAUUACGGAAAUGAUGGUACUGAAGAUUACAGCUAUGAAUCUAUUGCAUAUGCAUUAUGAAUGAGAAAAAUGGCUUGCUAUGAA